GUUUAUAAAUGAGCAGGCAGCAUCCCGUCAGCGGGGUGAUCAGACACAGCCGGUGCCGUACGGACACAACAUGGCGGAGCAAGGCGGCGAGCAGACGCGGUCCAGUUUUCCAGUACCGCAGUAAAAGUGCUCAGGGUUUGGCCAGGGCUCUACGUUCAGAGUGAAAGGGCAGUUCGCACAAAGACUACAAGGAGACAACUGCUGUGGAAAUGAUCCCCGAGUGAGGAAUUCGGGAUGAGCCGACACACAACAGACGUCCAGGAGUCGGUGCAGGAGUAUGUCCCCUCCCUGCCGCUGCCUGCUGAUCAUGUGCUCAACUCUGGAGCUGUGUUAUUCCCUGGUGCUUUUGAUCAACAUGGCUGCCCUUUGAUCGUGUUCCCAGUGGAAGGACAAGGCAAACUCUUCUCAGAACUCAGCACAGCAGAAGUGGUGGACUUCAUAAAUUACUUUCUGUGUCUGCACAAUAAGAGGCAGGAGAAGGAGAGCUUGGUGUCGGUGGUGGCUGAUCUGAGGCAUGCCUCGCUUCCUGCUACCAGGUUCAUCGCUGAGACUCUGCUUCUGCUUGAGUUGCACAAGCGGACAGUCCACAGUGUAUACAUAAUUCAGCCCAAAAAGAAGGAUGUUGUCAAGCUAUUGCUGAAACUCUUGGCUCCAGCAAGGUGUCAUGCUGCCUCUUUCAAGAAAGUCUUCUUGAAAGAAAUCUCGGAGCUCUCCACCUACAUUGACCGAAGCCAGCUAACAGCAUCGUUGGGUGGCUACCUUAUUUACUGUCACCAGAGCUGGGUUGCCUUCAUUAAGGAGAUUGAUGCGUUUGUCCAGGAGUUCCUGUCUGUGGUCCAGCGGCUGCCCUCAUGUAUCUCCACUCUGCAGGCUCUGUCCCGGCUGCCACUGCCCACCACCUUCAGAGAGCUCCAAUGGUUCUGCUCCACCAAUGAGGCCAAGUUCCAGCAGCUCAGGAGGGAACUGGGGUUGGAUGAGCUGCUGAGGCACUGUGAGAGUGUAGUGGAGAAGCUGCGUCACCCUGAGAAAGAGCUGUGCUACCAGGAAAUGGCUGGCACUGCCCUCUUCACCCACACCACCUUCGACAUGCUCCAGAACCACAGCAGGAUAACUGCAGCUGUGGAAAAAGUGGAGCUGCUGUGGCAGCAGGCCUUUUCUCAGGCCCGUCUGCAGCUGCAGGUGUUUCAGCUGCGAGAGGAUGCACUGCAGGUCACAGAGCAGAUUGAAAUUCUUCUUCAAGAGAAGCUCCAGCCUUAUAAAAUAGAGAUCGCCAAGGAUGCUGCUAAGGCAGCAAUGUUGGUGUCGCAUUUUGAGGCGUCCAUUCACACUCCUGCCAUGGCACUUGUUCGCCGUGCUGAAGACGUGAUCCACACGUUAGCAGAGAUCCUGCCUUUUGAUGGUCAGAGCCGGGAGCGCUGGGCCCUGGAUCUGGAGAGGCUGAAAGAGAAACUCUGCUCUGCUGUGCACUUCAUUUUCCAAACCCUCAGAGCAGUUUCCAACUACCAUCACUACUUCAACAAGGCCAACAGCUGGUACAGUCUGGUCCUCUGUGAGAACUUCCUCCAGGAGCUCCUGUCAGGUGUUAAUGUAGAUGGUGUUCCCACACAGCAGCAGAGGAGGAACUGGGGGUCAGUUCCUGCAUGGAGGCACAAACUGUCCACUUUUCUAAAGAAGAACCCUCCCCCACAUAUGGAAGAGCUGGUUCAUCUGGCUCAUCUGUCUAAUGUCAUCCCAGAUGAUGCAGUCCAUCAGGCGGGCAAGCAGAUGUCUCAGCGGUGCAUGACCCUGAGGAAACUUCUGAUUUCUUCAGGACCUGUGGCUGUGGGUCACCUCCAGCAGGCCUUACAGUGGCAGUAUGAGUUGUUGUGGGGCAGACAGUUAAAUCAGUCCUCUGCUGACAGUGCUACAAACAGAACAGCCAAGGAUGUUCAAGACAGACCUUCAGAAUCCGAACUCUCUAAAUGUGAAAGUGGUAAGGAAGCAGCAAGUCCUCUUGGAACUUCUCCUUCUACUGCAGUUUCUGGGAUGGUGUCAGCUGAGGGCAAACCCCCCUCCCUCAGCUCAUUUGACUCAGGCUUUUGAU